AAUCAAAUGGCCACACCGCUUCUCUCACCCGGGCAUGCCCUUUUCUGAAGAUGCCCUCCGACAGAAUCCCUAAAAAAACCCUAUUUUCCUCUGCCACUCUCAAUCCUAGCAGUUCAUUUUAGAUGUAAUGUUAGUGGGUUUUCCUCGGGUUUGAUCUAAAUUGAACCUUUGAGAAAGAAGAGGAACAAGAAGGAGAAUAAAAGGAAGAAAAGAGCUUCAUUUUUGAGAAGUGAAGAGAAGAAGAAAGUGAAAAUCAAAGAAAAUGGCAGCGAAGCAAAUGGAAGAGAUACAGAAGAAACUGGGAAUGUUAAACUACCCUAGAGCCAAUGCACCUGCUCAGUCUCUCCUUUUUGCUGGCAUGGAGCGUUAUGCCCUUCUUGAAUGGCUCUUUUUCCGGCUCUUGGGUGAUAAAUCACCCUUCUCUCAACAAAAUCUGCAAGGGGAAAAUGGCAUGGAUCGAGACGAAGAGACUGCUCGCAUCCAAUAUCUGGCAGAGAUAGCUAAGUUUCUGGGUAUUACCACCACUGUAGAUACAGAAGCGAUCCAAGGACGAGGAACCUAUGAAGAUCGCACAGAAAUGCUCCGUCUUAUUGUUGAUCUUGUGGAGGCAAGCAUCUAUGCUGAUAAUCCAGAAUGGAGUGUUGAUGAGCAGGUGGCUAAGGAUAUACAACUAAUUGAUUCUAUUGCUGAGAGACAAGCUCAAAUUUUCUCAGAAGAGUGCAAGUUGUUUCCUGCAGAUGUGCAGAUUCAAUCAAAAUAUCUUUUGCCAGAUAUUUCUGAGCUGGAGACAAAGCUUUCAGAACAAUCAAAGUUACUCUUAAAUCUUCAACAGAAGGUUGAUGAUUUGGCAUCAAAGCAUGCAUACAACCCAGAUGAGGAGUAUGAAGAAGUGGAAUCCCAGUUGCGGGCACAUUUGGAAUCUUUUCUAGAAACUGCAAGAUCAUUCAAUGUGAUUUAUACCAAGGAAAUUCGCCCUUGGACUCACAUGAUGGAGGUACCACAGCUUCAUGGGUUUGGACCAGCUGCCAAUCGCUUGUUGGAGGCGUACAAGAUGCUUUUGAAGUUCUUAGGGAACUUGAGGAAUCUCCGAGACUCGCAUGCAGCCGUGGCUGUUGGAUCAUCUGAUACCAUAGCUGGUCAGCCCUCUCCAGUCACGAGAAUAAUCUCUGAGUGUGAAUCUGCAUUAACAUUCUUGAACCGGGAUCUGGGGAUUCUUUCAGCUUCUAUUGCCCGUGAGCAAGGUGAGGAGUUCACCAUUUGAAGGCAGCUUAUGUUACAAAAAACAGUUGGCAAACUACCAAGACAGUCUUCCCCUUCCUCUAGGACAUUCAGAGUUGCAAUACUUGGUCUUGGGCAGUGAUUGAAUUGAUUGUAAGAGUAACUUUUAUUUUUGCCUAUCUUUGGCAGUGACUGAAUUGAAUGUUGUCUUGUGUUCUUCAAAGAUGUAGUCUAAAUAUGAGACCAUGCAGCCCUCAAUUGUAUCUGAGAACAUGAUCUGAUGGAUCAUAUACUUUUUGAUCCAGUUUGGAUUGUUUUUAACAAGUCAAAAUUUGUUCUGAUUGUUUUUACAACAAA